UCACUUGAACUCCAAACUGAGCGAACAUGAGUGCACUUGAUUUGACUUCCAUCCUCGAUUUUCUGGAAACGGCCAACUUGACGGAGAUCAACUGGACGUGCAACAACGGUGACUGCAUCACGGUUGAUGCGACAACAUGCCCUGGCACGCUCAACAAAAGUGCUCUGCUAUACACUCUGUCCUUCUUCUACAUUUUCAUAUUUGUCAUAGGGCUGGUGGCCAACUCGGUUGUGGUGUGGGUCAACCUCCAAGCCAAAAUGACUGGCUAUGAAACCCACCUCUACAUCUUUAAUCUGGCUAUCGCCGAUCUGUGUGUCGUCAUCACCCUUCCGGUGUGGGUCGUCUCCCUCGUCCAGCAUAACCAGUGGCACAUGGGAGAAAUCACGUGCAAGAUAACUCACCUUAUAUUUUCCAUCAACUUGUACGGCAGCAUCUUCUUCUUGGCUUGCAUGAGUGUGGACCGAUACCUCUCAGUAGCCUAUUUCACCAAUUCCAGCAAUCGCAAGAAGAAGAUAAUCCGUCGCUGCAUCUGCAUCUUAGUGUGGCUUCUUGCCUUCUCCGUGUCUCUCCCAGACACCUAUUAUCUCAAGACCGUCUCUUCCAACAAUGAAACCUAUUGCCGUCCCGUCUAUCCAGAGGAGAGCUUCAAAGAGUGGUUGAUUGGCAUGGAGCUCAUCUCCGUUGUGCUGGGCUUUCUUAUCCCUUUUCCCAUCAUUGCUCUCUUCUAUUUCCUCCUUGCGAAGACCAUCUCCGCCUCCAGUGACCAAGAGAGGAAGAGCAAUGGGAAGAUCAUUUUCUCCUACGUCGUUGUGUUUCUCGUCUGCUGGCUACCCUACCAUGUAGCUGUCCUCCUUGACAUCUUCUAUAGCCUUCAUUUCAUACCUUUCAGUUGUCAGAUGGAGAACUUCUUAUAUGCCACUCUUCACAUCACUCAGUGCUUCUCUCUAGUCCAUUGCUGUGUCAACCCCAUCCUGUACAGCUUCAUUAACCGCAACUACAGAUACGAGCUCAUGAAAGCCUUUAUUUUCAAGUACUCUGCCAAAACCGGUCUCACUAAACUUAUCGAUGCUUCCAGAGUGUCGGAAGCAGAAUACUCUGCUCUGGAGCAAAAUGCCAAAUGA